AUGGUGGGGUUCACUAAAGAAUCCGAAGAUAAAGCAAAUAAAGAGGCAUCUGCUUUUAAUGGAAAUGUUCCCAAUCUGAUAGAAUAUACAUUGGGUGAUAUAAAGGCAGCAACCAAUGGAUUUUCAAUCGAAAAUAAGCUUGGACAGGGUGGAUAUGGCCCUGUUUAUAAGGGAAUAUUAUCUGCUGGACAAGUAAUAACAGUGAAGAAACUUUCAAAAACAUCCAUGCAAGGAUUUGAGGAAUUCAAGAAUGAGGUUAUGCUUACUGCCAAGCUGCAAUAUAUAAAUCUUGUCCGAGUUUUGGGUUUUUGCAUUGAUAAAGAAGAAAAGAUACUCAUCUAUGAAUACAUGCAAAACAGAAGCUUAGACUCUUACCUUUUCGGUUCCAUUAGACGAUUUGUUUUGGAUUGGAAAAAACGUGUGCAUAUCAUUGAAGGAGUUACACAAGCAUUUUUAUAUCUUCAAGAAUACUCAAGAUUUAUUGUUAUUCAUCGAGAUUUAAAAGCUAGUAAUGUCUUGUUAGAUGGAGAUAUGAAGCCAAAAAUAUCAGAUUUUGGCAUGGCUAGAAUAUUUAGUAAAGAUGAUCUUGAAGCAAACACAAGCCGUAUUGUCGGAACAAUUGGUUAUUUUCCUCUUGAGUAUGCUAGAAAAGGCAUAUACUCUACCAAAUCCGAUGUUUAUAGUUUUGGGGCUCUACUUCUACAGAUCAUAAGCAGCAAAAGG